GAAAAGCAAUGGACAAUCUGAAAGCCUCCGAGGCAUAUCAAUACCUGCACAGCAACAAAGUCGGUUGUGUCAUGUCAUACAAACAUGAUCGUUUUGUUUAUCUGAAAGCAAAUGUAGAGCCUAGCCAGUGUUUGAACAAUGCGUGGCAUAAUGCUUGGGUGCUGGUAACUGAAGCUGGAGAAGUCAAAACUGCGGGAUGUACGUGUGUUGCUGGACCAGGGAGAUCUUCUUCCCACUCAGCUGCGAUCCUGUGGAAGGUAGAAAAUGCUGUGAGACAGGGGAAAACCGGGCUUGCCUGCACAGACAGACAGAACCAGUGGAAUGCUGGGUCUAAAAGAAAUGCUGGUCAGAGGAAGAUGAAGUAUGUGCGCUUCAAACGACACAACAGGAAGGAUCUCUACCAGCCGCCACCAACUUCACAGCCAUCCUCUACCACUCCAGAACCGGCACAGAAGGUGACACUCUUUAGGAAUCAUGAAGAGUGGAGGAAGAACGCACUUGCCUCACCAAUGGCAGAACUUUUCAAUUGCCCUGGGAGUAGCCUCCUGCAGCUCUGCUUUAAUGCUAAUACCUCCUCCAUCACCGAGCCAACACCAUGUCCACGCCUCCAUCUCCUAACCCAUGAUGAGCACCACACACCACUGACUUGUGUAAAAUGUAGAACCUUCUAUGAUGAAUACAUUAACAUGUCCACAGCCCAGCUUGAGGAGAUUGAGAAGGUUACAAAAGCACAGAGCAAAGAACAGGUCUGGCAUGAUGCGCGGAGAGUGCGCAUCACAGCGAGCACGGCUAGAAAGGUGCCCAUUCGCUCAACCACGGCACCUGACAAGUUUUUGUCAGAACACUUACACCCAUCCUUCCGUGGCAAUGCCGCAACCCGUCAAGGAGCGGAGGGGGAGGAACUUGCAAGGGACUAUUUGGAAACUCUGGGCAACAGCAUUGAAACCAAAGGCUUAGUGGUGUGCGAAAAGGAACCGUGGCUUGCAGCAUCUCCCGAUGGAGUGAUAAACAAAGACAUUCUGUUGGAGAUCAAAUCACCUGUGAUGGGAAACAAGUCACUAGCAGAAUUUUUGGCAACAAAGAACUGCGAAAUCACAACUGUGGCAAACGGAGAUAGGGUAGAUUACCAUAUUGCCUGCAAUGGUCCAAAAGGCUACUACAUGCAGGUACAAAUUGGGAUGCACUGCACAGGGCUUCAGCACUCCAAGUUGGUGAUCUGGAACAAAACUGAGCACCUAGAAAUCGAAGUACCCUACGACCAAGAAUUUGUCCAGGGCCAUAUCAUAAGGCUGCGCACAUUCUACUUUGCCCACAUGCUCCCGAAAAUUGUUGAUGAUUUUGUUGAGGGAAGGUUACAGUUCUGCAGUAAAUAUCGCAGCAUUUGAAAAAUAAUAUAAAACUGCCUUAUUUAGGUCAUGCCCACAGGAGCCAACAGUUGUCCGUUAUUUACAUA